GCCAGUAGCCUCAACGAGGAGAGCUCCACACGGUUCCACCCACCCCCGAAUCUUCUCCGGUCUCCUGCCAAGAACCGCGCGCAACAAGACCCACCACGCUUCUCCUCUCCAAGACUCCAACGAUGCAGGCGGCGGCGGCGGCGGCAGCUGUGGCGUGGGCGCCGGGCCCAUCGCCGUCCACCUCCUCCUCCUCGCCUUCCCCCUUCAGGGUGGGGGUUGCGUCGACGGCCGUGCCGGCUUCUUCCGCGCCCAGGAUGGUCGCCGUGUCCGCGCCCCUGGGUCGUCGGCGGCGGCGGCAAGCAGUGGUUCAAGCUGUUGCCAACCCAGACCCUGCGAUUGAGCUGCCGCUGACUGCUGAAAAUGUUGAGAUGGUGUUGGAUGAAGUAAGGCCAUAUCUUAUGGCAGAUGGAGGAAAUGUUGCACUGCAUGAGAUUGACGGGAAUGUUGUGAGGUUAAAGCUGCAAGGAGCAUGUGGCUCAUGCCCGGCUUCAGUAACAACGAUGAAGAUGGGUAUCGAGCGACGCUUGAUGGAGAAAAUACCAGAGAUUGUAGCAGUUGAACCCAUCGCUGAUGAGGAGACUGGGCUUGAGUUGACCCAAGAGAACAUCGAAAAGGUACUUGAUGAGAUUAGGCCGUACCUUGCUGGCACAGGAGGUGGUGAGCUCGAGUUUGUUGCAAUCGAGGAACCUAUUGUCAAGGUUAGGCUUACAGGACCAGCUGCUGGUGUGAUGACUGUUCGAGUUGCCCUUACUCAGAAGCUCCGAGAAAAGAUCCCUAAGAUUGCAGCAGUCCAGCUAUUGUCAUAAGCCUAUAAAGUUUAGAAUCCAGCCAGCUCCAUCUAUCUACAGUGUAAAUGUGUUUGCAAUAAUCUUCAAAAAGAAGUUGUAACGUGUAGGCACCUGAAGAGUAUGUGGCUCCACUUCAGCUAUUAACAAUGACCAUCAAUACGGAAUGUUGUAAGCAUGUUUUUUUUCGUACUUACAGCCAUGUUUUGCGCUCUGUAUGUAUUCAGUUCAGUUUUUACUAAAUGGUAAUGUCCCCUCUCCAUAUUGAGUUAUUGACAACUAUUGUGUGCAGUGCAGCAAAA